AUGGCCCGUCUCGCUAUUCUGCUGGUGCUGUGUCUGGUGGCCGCGCCACUGGCCUUUGCAGACGCUGAAGAGGACUCGCACGUGGUGACACUCACAGCCGACACCUAUGACGACGCGAUCAAUGACGGCAAGGUCUACUUUGUCAAGUACUUUGCCCCCUGGUGCGGCCACUGCAAGCGCCUUGUGCCGACCUGGGCAGAGCUGGCGUCGGCUUACAAGUCGCAUGACAGCAUCGCGAUCGCCAAGGUCGACUGCACCACGGACCGCGACGUGUGCACAGACGCAGAGAUCAAGGGGUACCCCACCCUCAAGGUGAUGCACAACGGCGAAGAGGUCAAGGCCUACCGGGGUGAGCAGGGCAGGAGGGCUGGGGGUGGAGUGAAAGCACCGAUCAGAAACCAGCAGAUCGGCCGCGGGCAGGGGCCGUCAGGGCUUAAGCAGGGGUCAGGGCUUAAGCAGGCGUCGGACAAAUGA